CGUUACAAAGUCCUAAACGAAACGAAACUAAAUUAAAAAAAUAAAAUAAAAUGGCGUCAUUGACGAGCCUGUUACCAGCUCCCACACAGCAAGUGUGGGACCGGGAUGAUGAGCGGAAGGCACAGCGUGUUGGGAGCGCUCUUGUUGUCUCGCAGACUAGCGUCCCUCCCUAUGGACAAAGGAAAGGAUGGGUGCCUCGGGCAGAGGAAGAUUUUGGGGAUGGUGGUGCUUUCCCCGAGAUUCACGUGGCCCAGUACCCACUGGGUAUGGGUGCUCGUGGCAAGGAGAGCACCUCCAACGCCCUGGCGGUCCAGCUGGACGAGGCGGGACGGGUCAAGUACUCUGCCAUCGCUCGGCAGGGACAUGGAGCUGAUAAGAUAAUCUACUCCAAGCUGACAGAUCUACUGCCAUCAGAAGUGCUAGCGGAAGACGACCCGUCACUCCACAAGCCCUCGGACGAUGACAUUCAAGACAUCACGGAGAAGACCAAGCUAGCACUGGAGAAGCUUACCAACGCCAAAAUAUCUGCUGCUAUGCCCGUCAAAGCUGCACCGAAAGCUGCGCCCGCGCAGUACAUCAGAUACACUCCCGCGCAACAGAGCGGCGCGUUCAACUCUGGAGCUAAGCAGAGAGUUAUCCGCAUGGUGGAGGCGCAGGUGGACCCGAUGGAGCCGCCGCGCUUCCAGAUCAACAAGAAGAUUCCUCGGGCGGCGCCGUCCCCGCCGGCGCCCGUGCUGCACUCGCCGCCGCGCCGCGUGUCCGUCAAGCAGCAGCGCGACUGGAAGGUGCCGCCCUGCGUCAGCCACUGGAAGAACGCCAAGGGCUACACAAUCCCGCUCGACAAGCGUCUAGCAGCAGAUGGACGUGGUCUCCAACAAGUUCACAUAAAUGAGAACUUCUCAAAGCUCGCUGAAGCUCUGUACAUAGCUGACAGGAAAGCCAGAGAAGCGGUGGAGGCCAGAGCGCAGCUGGAGCGCAGACUAGCGCAGAGAGAGAAGGAGAAGAAAGAAGAGCACUUGAGGAUGUUAGCGCAGCGGGCUCGAGAUCAUCGGGCUGGAAUUCGCGCGCCAGAAGACGAAUUGGAACAGAAUGAGAUUGACGAGAGUGGCCUGACAGCCGCGGAGAGAGAUAAGUUGAGAGCAGAGAGACACAAGGAGAGGCAGAGAGAACGUAACUUGUCUAGAGCUGCGCCCGACAAAAGGUCUAAGCUAGUGACGGACAGAGAGCGAGACAUAUCGGAGCAGAUCGCGCUCGGGAUGCCGGCUAAAGCCAACCAGGGCGGCGAGGCCAUGUUCGACCAGAGACUCUUCAAUAACAGCAAGGGAAUGGAUAGCGGUUACGGGGACGACGAAGCGUACAACGUGUACGACAAGCCGUGGCGCAACCAGGACGGCGUGGGCGCACACAUCUACCGGCCCUCCAGGCACGCCGACAAGGACAACUACGGCGCCGACAUUGAGGCCAUCGCUAACACUCGCAGGUUUGUGGCGGACAAGGAGUUCGCAGGCACCAGCAGUAACAACACACGCGCCGGGCCCGUGCAGUUCGAGAAGGACGCCGGACCCAGUCGCGAGGAACCCUCUCGCAGCCAGCAGGCUGAUGCGGAUCUGGACCCGUUCGGUCUGGACCGGUUCUUGAUCGAGGCCAAGCGAGCCGACAAGUCGGGCCGCAAGCGGGACCACCACGACCGACACGACCAGCACGGCAAGAAGCGACGCGACUAGUGAGGUUACAUUGGCUGUGUAUACUACGUUAUUAGUUAUAACAAGUUGUAGAGGAAUUGUGUAAAGUAAGUUUUGAAUUCAGCUAGAUAUAGCCUUACCAAUAAAAAGUAAAUAAGCAACGAACAUGUGUAUGUAUAUAAGUAUUUGAGUAUCAAGCAAAGUUGUAUCGAAUUAUGUCUUAAUGAGGCUACGUUCCUCAAAAAAUAUAGAUGGUGCUGUACAGAUUUUCCUCCGUUUAACCUCCUAAUUUUAUAGGUAAAAAUGGUAACAUACAUACAUCUUUUGUCUUUUUAUUAUUACUCCCAGGCACAAUUACAUCUUAUUCUGAUCAAAAUAAAGAGAAGCAAUACAGGUAUAACUCCCGGCAAACUUCUUGAGCAUCGAGUGUCGUAGUGGGGUAAAGUUCGCGCGCGUACACUUCCAUGCAAAAAAAUUAACUUUUGAUUAUUUUCUUAAUUUCAUUAAAAAAAAAAAACAAUUAUUAUAAAAAAAACUAAACUUAUAUUAUUAUAGUUUAUUAAGACUUAUAUUAUUAUAUUUAAUAAAAAACUAAUCGUCACGUAAGUAUGAUAUUCCUUCCAUGAGGUUGAAACCAGCAAUACCAGAGCUAGUGCUAGGUUUUGGGUCUGUAGACAUAGACCUCGUGCUAGUAACUAAUUCUUAAACUUAAACAAAUGAGUAAUAACAAAAAAAAAACGAACAAAAGAGCAAUAACAAACGUGCAUUACAUAGUUGAAUUGGGAUUGCCUGUAAUGACUAUGUAAAUUGUGUAUAAAUAAAUAAAUAAAACGUGACAGUUUUACUGCACGCAAGUGUAUUCGGGAGUCAAAGGGACGAAGACAGAGUGCGCGGGGGAAGUAUCGACUGAUAUACCAAUAGCCGGUCGAUGCGGGACUCACCCGCCCCCGCGCCCCGUACCGCACCACCAAAGAGAUCUAAAAUUCGGUUGUGCGCAGUCAAGGUCGAUGCUCAAGAAGUUUGCCGGAACCUAUAGCAACAUAAUUCUAUACAUAAUGAGAUACAAAUAUCAAUGUUAUAUAUGCUUCUGCCAUUCAUUGUAUUUUGGAAUCAUUAUGUACCCGAGAAAUGAGAAAAUAGGUAGUUAUCAAGCUAAAGCUGUACAAUACCAUCUAUGUUGUUUUUGGUGAACAUAGCUAAUAAUAUACUUAGGAAUAUACAUAUUAUGUUCACCGCUUUGUUUUUGGUGAACAUAGCGAAUACUAUUUACGAAUAUAUGUUCACCGCUAUUUAUUUUUUUUAUUGGUAAGGCUGUUAUUGUAAGGUACAAACACAAAUACUUACUCUAGUUACAAAAAAUACAGCAUUCUUAUAAUUUAUGACACUAUUAAAGUACCUUAUGCUGUAAAUUUUACUACAUCAUUAGUGUCCCCGGUCUUCAUUAUGUAUUCCCUUUCCGGGUAGGCAGAAUCCCAAAUCAGAAGACACUUGAUGAGAAGAUAUUCACUUGGAAUUUGUGUUAAGAUACAUAUUCACCUGUUGCAAGUUGUUUUGUGGCUCUGCCCGCCUCGAUAGCGAUGAUGGGCGUGAGUCUGCCUAUCAUAGAUAUGAUGAAGUAAAUAAAUACGAAAUGGUAAAUGGAUUAUGGUUAAAAUACUGCCCAAAGUGUGCCUUACAAUGUGCAGAAGUAAUAAUUUGAUUCGGUUAGUGAGUGGUUGUAUAAAGUAGGUUUAUGUAAUAAUGACAGAUACAUUCGUAUAGACGACAAAAACCGGACCUGUCAAAUCUUCAGGUUAGGUAAGCGGACCCUGUGAAAAACGGGAUAAUGCUAGGAUGACAUUCUUAUAGCCGGCAAAUGCUCAAUUCUUUGAAUGGUUAUCGUGAUCAGUUUGAGAAUGAACUUACUUUAAGUUCUCCGGUGGAACUCAGAGCAUCAGAAGUGUUUUUACCUUGUAAAUAUGCUAAGUACGAUUUCAGUUUGCCUCAUAACUUUUUAGGUUAAAACUUGUAUCCUCAAUUUGAUAUUUGCCUGCAUUUCAUCAUGUAUAGUCUUAUACUAAUAUUACGAAAUGGUUUUGUAAUUAGGCUUAUUAUUAGGAUUUAAUUAAAAAGAUUUAUUCCA